UGUUGGGAGCCCUCGCCUUGUUUCGAGCUCAAAUGCACUAUUUGUUGCUGCCGGGCAACAUUACUUUCAACUUGCAGGGCCGCUCCGCAGCAGAGCAACUUUUGUUUUGUUUUAUACUUUGGCCGUACCUGAGUGCAACAAGCUAGGGAGGUUUAGGUUUAUAGGAAGUUUCCUUUAUUUUUUCAAAGGAGCGCACCGCUGAUUAGGGUAAUUUUCAAAGCAACAUGCCUCAGCUCAGUAGUGGUGGAGGAGAUGAUCAAGGAGCAAACGAUGAAAUGAUAUCCUUCAAGGAUGAAGGCGAACAAGAUGAGAAAAUUCAAGAAAACGCUUUCACAGAAAGGGACUUAGCUGACCUCAAGUCGUCUCUGGUGAAUGAAUCGGAGACAAAUCAAAGUCCGAACGCAGCGGCGGUCAGACGGGGUCAGCAAAACGAACAUAGAGGUUAUCAAGAGAAACACCGGGAGCAUCUCGACAGCGUGUCCAAACAUCAAGAUGGAGGAAUGUACAAAACAGCGUAUCCAGGGUACCCGUUUCUCAUGCUGCCCGACCCAUACAUCCCCAAUGGAUCAGUGUCACCAUCUUCCAACAAAGUUUCAGUGGUCCAGCAGUCUCACGGGAUGCACCCCCUGACGUCCCUCCUGCCCUACAGCAACGACCACUUCAACCCCAGCCCCCCUCACCUGCCCACAGACAUGAGUCAGAAAGGCGUUCACAGGCCCCAGUCCCAGGAUAUCUCAGGCUUCUACUCCCUACCCCCUGGCGGUGUGGGACAGAUGCCCCCCUCCAUGGGCUGGCAAAGUCAGCCUGUCUAUCCCCUGUCCUCAUGUGGAUUCAGACAGCCCUACUCUUCCAGUCUCCCCAACAGCUCUUCCUACCCCAGGUUCUCUCACUCUCUGAUGCUGGGGCCAGGCAUGCACCCCACAGGGAUCCCCCACCCAGCCAUCAUGCCCCCUUCAGGGAAACAGGACCAUCACGACUAUUACGACAGGAACAUGUACGUUAAGCCUCACCAGGAGCCCAAGCGGGAGAAGGAGCCUAAGAAGCCGGUGAUCAAGAAGCCUCUGAAUGCUUUCAUGCUGUACAUGAAGGAGAUGAGGGCCAAGGUGAUCGCUGAGUGCACCCUGAAAGAGAGCGCUGCCAUCAACCAGAUACUGGGUAGAAGGUGGCACGCCCUGACCCGGGAGGAGCAGGCCAAGUACUAUGAGCUGGCCAGAAAGGAACGGCAGCUACAUAUGCAGCUCUACCCCAGCUGGUCCGCCAGAGACAACUACGAUGCAGGCCUUAGAGAGUGCGCGGGGGAAAAGAGUAAAGCUGAUUGGGGCAAGAAGAAGAGAAGAAAAAGAGAGAAGCAUCAGGACUCCUCCACAGACCCUGGCUCUCCUAAGAAAUGCAGAGCUCGCUUCGGCCUCAACCAACAAACAGACUGGUGCGGUCCCUGCAGGAGGAAAAAGAAGUGCAUUCGAUACCUUCAAGGAGGACGGUGCGCCAGCCCCACUUCUUCCGAUGGAAGCGCUAUAGACUCGGCCCUCUCCCCUGUUGACGGCGUCCCCCCUCAGCACCCCAGCUCUCCCUUGCCUGCUUCCCCCUCGCACGUCCCCCUGCAAUCCCAGCCCAGCAAACACACACCCUGUAUCCUCUCAAAAUCCAAGACCACAGAACUGUCUCUCAAAGCUUUAAUAGAAUCAUCCCAACAGCACGACAAUCUCCAUCAUCAUCAUGACUGUACCCUGCCCAAGUCUCACUAGCCAGCUGCCUCACCUGCCCUGUCCCCUCUCACACUGCCUCCCACCAUUCCAACACACACACACACAGACAGACAUAGCCCAACCCAACGUAACCAGGACCAGACCUGGAGUGGGGAGCAACACACUGGAGACAGAACUUCACCACAAAUAUCCCAAAACAAUAAGGGAGCCAAUGAGUCUGGGAGAGGAUCAAGGAUGACAUUCACAUCAAUAUGACUGACUGACACCUGACUGAUUUACUAAGUGCUCAUGUCAUUUUAACAUUGCUGUACUGAAGGCAGUACUGUAUGUACAGGGAUGAUGACUGCUUCUAUUCAAACUGCCUCAAGUCAAAUUUAUUCCUUUUCCAAAGAUUUUUACAGAGGAGUACUGUGCUCCUCCUUUUCAUAAGACUUACAUUCAGAUAUGUCAAAGGAACCUUUUCCAACAUAGAUAGUAUUUAUAUUGAUUAACGAUGUGGUAUAAGGUUGAAACUACAAGGUAGAAGGGAUAUUGUUUUUUGCUGAGUUAACAUGUUAUUGUCUCCCCUCGGAGAGAAUCAUCUCUAUGUUAUAUUAAUUUGUUUUAGGCACUUCCUGCUUGUCUGUCAAAUUCUUGAUAGAUUAUUUUGAUGUAGGUCACUCACACAGAAUUAAGACAUUCUUGGUGUUUGUUCAUAUAGAUGCACACCGUUUGGGAGAUUAAUUUGUUUGUUGGUGUCAAAAUCCUCCAUUAUAUAACAAAAAACAAGGCAACAGUAAACAUGUCCCCCCCCCCCAAUUAGUGACAAUUCGAACGUAUGUUCUGUGGAUUAAUGAGAAUAAAAUAUAUAUAUAUCCUUCGCUGUAUGUAAUGGACCGAGCUUAUAGGUUCUUAUGGGAAACGUGUUGCUCAUAAGGAGAUGCAUAAAUGUAAAAAAAAUAAAAUAAAUGUUAUGACUGUGGAUCGAACGGGACAGGAGAUAUGCUUGUUUAAAGUUUAGAAUAUUUUAGUUGAUUACUAUAGCGCCCCCCUUGGGCCAAUCAGUGUAAUUUUGUAAAUGCCGGAUCUCUAUGGCAAGACGCAUCAUUCACCCAAGUUCCGUAAAAAUUGAGCCAGUGGUGUCUGAAGUAUCGCGUGACUAACGUACUAA